AUGGCAGAUGGGGACUUAAUGGAUUCACAGCUUUUAUCCGAGAGUGUUGGUUUUUUAGAAAAUUGUUUCGAUAACUCAUUCAGUGUUUUACAGACAACUUUAAAGACAAUAAAAGAAUAUUUAUCCGCAGAAAAACAUUCACAACUGCCGGUAAAUAAAUCAGUUGCUUUUAGAAAUGUUGAUGAGGCUAUUUAUAAAGUGCCCGUAAAAGAGAAAUGCAAGAGUAUACACAAUCUAACUGAGCUGGUGAAUAAAAAUUUGAAAGACUGGGGUUUACCUCAUGAUAUAGUUAACAAAUAUGAAGAAAGAGGGAUAAAUGAAAUGUUUGAUUGGCAAGUCACAUGCCUGAGCAACCCAAAAGUUCUAAUAGAUUGUAGUAAUUUAGUAUUCUCUGCUCCCACCUCAGCUGGAAAGACUCUUGUUGCUGAAAUCAUUACUAUUAAGACUAUAAUAGAACGCCAAAAGAAAGUUAUUAUUAUUUUACCUUUUGUGUCUAUUGUGAGAGAAAAAAUGUUCUAUUUGCAAGAUAUUCUAUCGGGUGCAGGAAUUCGUGUUGAAGGUUUUAUGGGUUCUCAAUCUCCACCUGGUGGAUUGCAAGCUGUCCAUGUCGCUAUUUGUACUAUUGAAAAAGCAAAUAGUUUGGUGAAUAGACUUUUGGAUGAAGGCAGCAUAUCAGAAUUAGGAGCAGUUAUAGUAGAUGAGUUACACUUGCUUGGUGACCCACACCGUGGCUAUAUCCUUGAACUUCUUCUUACGAAAAUUAAAUAUGUGUCAGUGAAAUUUGCUGACACACAAAUUCAAGUUGUUGGUAUGUCAGCAACAUUACCUAACUUAAACUUGCUUGCAAAUUGGUUAAAUGCUGAGCUGUUUGUUACUCAGUUUCGGCCAAUACCUCUUGAUGAAUAUUGCCUUGUUGGUAACAAGUUUUAUAACAAGAAUGGUGAAUAUUUGAAUAUUAUGCAUGAAAACUCUUCUAAUGGGGAAAGUGACAGUGUAUUAAAACUAUGUUUAGAUACCAUUAAAGAAAAUUGUUCUGUGUUGAUAUUUUGCAUGACAAAAAAUAGGUGUGAAAAUUUAGCUCAAAGUUUGUCAUCAUCAUUUUUUAAAAUUGGUUGUUCCGGUAGUGAAAUGGGCUUGAUUCUUAGAAACCAACUAAAAACUGAUAAUAUUGUUGAAGUGCUAGAGCAGUUAAAAAAUAGUCCUGUAGGUUUAGAUCAAGUUCUAAAGAGUACAAUAUCUUUUGGUGUUGCAUACCACCAUGCUGGACUUACAUUUGAUGAAAGAGAUAUCAUAGAAGGUGGAUUCAAGUCUGGAGCUAUUAGAGUUUUAGUAGCUACAUCUACAUUGAGUUCUGGUGUAAACUUACCUGCACGGAAAGUAAUUAUACGAACACCUGUGUUUCAAAGGCAACCAAUUAAUAUUCUGACUUAUAAACAAAUGAUUGGUAGAGCAGGCAGAAUGGGGAAAGAUACAAAAGGUGAAAGUAUUUUAAUAUGUACAGAAGCAGAAAAGAAAAUUGGUUUUGAUUUAAUGAUGGGUGCUUUAGCUCCAGUUAAAAGUUGCAUAGAGAGUGAGGAUAAAUUUAUGAGAGCUGUACUUGAAAUGAUUGCUAGUCAAAUUGUAUGCUCUCAAUCUGAAUUAGAAUUGUAUUCACAAUGCACUUUGCUAUAUGCUGAAAAUGAGACACUUAAGACAGAUAACAGUCUUUUAAAGAAGACUUUAAAAGAAUUAAUAAAUUAUGAAUUAGUUAGAAUGCAAAAUGAAGAUGAAAAUAUACAAUACAUAGCUACUCCUCUUGGUAAAGCUUGUCUUUCAUCAUCAAUGGCUCCAAAUGAUGGAUUAUCUUUGUUUUGUGAGCUACAAAAAGCUCGACAAUGUUUGGUGUUGGAAAAUGAUCUACAUCUUAUUUAUUUAGUUACACCUUAUAGUGUAAGCAAUCAAUGGGGAGAAAUAGAUUGGCUACAUUUACUAACAUUAUGGGAGUCAUUAACAAAAGGCAUGAAAAAAGUAGGAGAGCUGGUUGGUGUCCAGGAAAGCUUUAUUAUAUGUUCAUUAAGGGGCAGUAACAAAUUUGACAAUUCACAACAAAAACUUAACAUUCAUAAGAGGUUUUAUACAGCAUUAGCAUUACAAGAUUUAGUGAAUGAAAUGUGUUUAUCAGAGGUAGCUGCCAAAUUUCAAUGUGCCCGAGGAUUUCUGCAAAGUCUACAACAAGCAGCAGCUACAUUUGCAGGAAUGGUGACUGCUUUUUGCAAUCAAUUAGGUUGGAAAAAUAUGGGAAUGUUGGUUUCCCAAUUUCAAGAUCGCUUACAUUUCGGGAUUCAGUCUGAUUUGAUUGAAUUAAUGAAAUUACCGUCUUUAAAUGGGGUGAGAGCACGAAGUCUAUUUGACUGUGGUUUUGAAACUGUUGCUAGCAUUGCAUCUGGUGAUGUUCACAGAUUAGAAAAUGCACUUCAUAAAUCAUUGCCCUUUCAAAGUGAGAAAGUAAAUGAAGGAGAUGAUAUUGAAGAUAUACGAAAACGUAACAAGAUAAAGAAUGUUUGGAUUACAGGAUGUUGCGCUAUGACAGCUAAAGAAGCAGCUGAAAAGUUAAAAGUAGAAGCCAGAAAGUAUUUAGAAUAUGAAAUAGGUGUUACGAAUAUUAAAUGGGAUAAAAACAACUCAUCUGUAGUACAAAGUCAAUCUAUUUCAACUGUAAAUGUAUCAGAUGUAAAAAACGAAGCUGUUAAAAAUUCCAUAGAAUUGACAUUUGCUCAGUUAAACUCUGAAAACGGAGAAUCAGAACUCGAAAAAAAUAAAGAAGAAUCUUUGAGUUCAUUAAAUGUUUUUUUGAGUGCAGACCCACAAAAAGAUGACAUUUGUAAUCUUAGCACAAAUACAUUAAACGUAUACAAAUUUGGUACAAAUAAAGUACUUGUUAAUUCAAGUGACAAUAAGCAUGAUAUUAAAAAAAAACACGUUGAAGGUGAAGCAAUUGAGAAUAUUAUUUCAAUUAGUGAUCAUUUAAAUAAUCAUGCUAACGUCGCAAGUCCCCUUAAAGACAUAACUAAUCUAAGCAAAAAUCUUAAAGUGACAAAAGAGGAGAUAAUAUGGGAUUCUUUAAACUUUACUGAAAUACCUAAUGAAGGUAUUACAAAAGUCCGUGGUAGUGAUAAUACUAUGUUUUCGCCAAAUAGGACUUUAGAUAGUGUUGAAGAUAAGUUGGAAUGUAACGAGGGUAUUGAAAAAGUAUUGACAUUCAAGUCAUCUUCUAAAGAUGUUAGCCUGUUUUCAUCUGAUGGUGAAAAUUCUAGUUUAUUUGAAGAUAGCUUACCUUUAGACUUAUUACCCAGUAAAUUGCUUGACAAUAUUGAUGAUAAUAUGAAUAAUCAAACCCUUAAACAGAGUGGAGGUAGCAAUCAGUUGAAUUCCGUUAUAAAUCAAUUCAUAUCAAAAACAAAUGAAAUAGAUGAUGAUGAAGAUAUUAAAUUAGUUUACGAAGAAGAUAACAAGGAUUCGGAUAAAAAACAUGAGACGUAUACCAAACUACGUAAAACUAAUGACGAAAUUACUACUCAAGAUGAGAAAAUAAUGUCAGUUAAAGACUGUUUCGUUAGUCCAUGCAAACGGCAUUUAAAUGUUUGCAGUAAUAAUAUCUUAAUGCAACCGCCUAAAAAAGUAAAAAAGAGGGUUACUUCAAAUAAUAACACAAAAUUAACUAAAGAAAUAAUAUUAAAAAAAGCUACGUCAAAACAGUAUAUAUUAAAAAUUCAUAAUAGUAAAAUUCAUUGUUAUAUACUAACAAAAGAAGAUAUUCUAGAUAAUAUGCAUGUUUUUGAUCACGUCGAUAAUAUGUCCGUUUAUUUAGAUAUAAAAAAUAGUAUGUCUCUUUCGACAUGUAAUACAAUUGGAAGUAACAUCUUAAGAUCAACAAAGACGAUUAAAAUACACAGCGAAAAUGAAUUCAGCAAUACAGUCAAUAUCAAAAGUAUCUCAAUAUCUUUUAAGCCAUAUGUAAGCAUUGUUUUAGACUUGUCAAAUCUAGAUCACAAAAACAUGACUUUGGUAAAAAGCAUGCUAAGUGCUUUAUUCAAGCGAAAAGAUAUAAAAUGGAAAUAUUUUUCAUUGCAACCAGUAUUCGUUCAAUUGAAACGUUUUUUAAAUACAGCAAUACCAUUGCCUUGGGUAGACGUAUCUCUGUUUGAAUGGCUAGUAGAUAGUGAUGAAAAACCUCGAUAUCUGUCACAUUUAGCCAAGAAAUACUGCGACAUUGAUUUAGCUACCAUAUCUAUAAGUGUUGAUAAUAAAGAAAAGAAAUUUAAAAAUUUAGAAUCUUUUGAAGAACUCAGCCUUAGGUCAUGGUUUAUAUGGCAUAUUGCAGAAAGACUAUACAAUACUUUACUAAAACAAUAUACAACUGUUAAGAAUAUUAUCGAUACAGAAAUAAAGGUUCUCAAGAUUUUGGCCGGUUGUGAAUGCAGCGGUGUAACUGUCGAUAAACAAUUAGCCUCGCGGUUGUUGAUCGACGUAAAAAAAUCUCAAGAAAUACUUCAAAAGAAAGCUUUUAAAAUAUGCGGCUAUCAUUUCAACUUUAAUUCUUCUAAGGAUGUUGCGAAGGUUUUAGGGAUGUACAAGGGGCGUAAAGUGAGUACCAAGAAAAGCGUCUUAACAGCGCACAACACCCCACUUUCGAGUAUAAUCAUAUAUUGGCGGAAACUCAAUUCCAUAUUGACUAAAACCUUGUACCCUUUAACUGAAAAAGCUUGCAUUUAUAGCGAAGGUGAUCGAAUAAAUCCUUCUUACACAAUGUACACGUGCACGGGACGAGUCAGUAUGCACGAACCGAACUUGCAAAAUGUACCUCGUCCUUUCUGCAUUCCCAUGAAAUAUCUUACAAUGAACAAGGAAGAAAGCAUCCAGGUUGUUGAAUUCAACUGCCGCAGCGUGUUUCAAGCAGCCGCCGGUCACGUGUUGAUAUCGGCAGAUUACUGUCAACUGGAAAUGAGAAUUCUGACUCAUUAUAGCGAGGAUCCGGUGCUCACGGAUAUAAUGAACUCCAACGUGGACGUAUUCAAGUCUAUUGCUGUGUCUUGGAGUGGUGUUACAGAGGAUGAGGUAGACGACGAUUUGCGGCAAAAAGCUAAGCAGCUUUGUUACGGAAUUUUGUACGGCAUGGGGAACAAGACGCUUGCGCAGCACUUAGAUGUCACCGAAUUGGAGGCUGCUAUGUUCAUGGACUCCUUCUAUAAGACUUACCCCGCAGUCAAGGCUUUUACGCAGGCCGUCAUCGAGGAUUGCAGACUCAAGGGCUAUGUUGAGACGCUAACGAAACGGCGCAGAUACUUGCCUGAUAUAAACAGCUCCGCACCGUCCAAGAGAGCUGCGGCCGAGCGUCAAGCCGUGAACACAACGAUACAAGGAUCGGCGGCAGACAUCGCUAAAGCGGUAAUGUGUGCCAUAGAUAGUAAAACUGACCAACACCGCCACAAACCUGAAUUAUACCUCCAGAUGCACGACGAACUUAUAUACGAAGUACACGAGUCCUACAAAAGUACAUUUAUUGCGAUUCUAAAAGAAGCUAUGGAGGGCACCGUCCGUUUGAAAGUGCCUUUGCCCGUUAAAGUGAAGUCAGGCACCACGUGGGGUGAUAUGAAUGAAAUUAAACUGUAAUGUGAUACUAGAACUGUUAUAUUAAAUCUGUGAUAAUAUUGCUAGAGUCUCGAAGCCAAGAAACGAUCAUGUAUUUUUUAUAAUGUAUUCAUUCCAAUUUGUACCUUAUACCUACUUCAAUAAUGGUGUAAAUAAAUUAGAUAAAUU